AUGGGCUCCUCUCCGUUCAAUAUGAGGUCCUUAUUUGCCCUAAUUCUGCUCGUGGUACAGACAGCCACAGCCUUGAAGUUCGAUCUUCCUGCCUCAUCGGGUGGCAAUGAGCGAUGCAUCCGCAACUUCGUCGCCAAGGACCAAUUGGUAGUGGUGACCGCCAUCGUAGGCGGCUCUAAGGGUGAUGGUCAGAAGGUCAACAUGCAUAUCAAGGAUUCCAUGGGCAAUGACCAUGGUCGCCCAAAGGAUAUUGUCGGUGAAGUCCGCCAGGCCUUUACCUCGACUGCUGACACCGCUUUCGAUGUGUGCUUGACGAACCAGCUUGUCGGUCGCAGCGGCUCAAACACCCCCUUCCGUGACAUCGAGCUGGAUGUCGAAAUCGGUGCCGACGCCCGCGACUGGUCCAGCAUCCAGGCCCAGGAGAAGCUCAAGCCCGUCGAGACUGACCUGCGCCGUAUCGAAGAGAUGGUUGCCGAUAUUGUGACUGAGAUGGACUACCUCCGCGCUCGUGAGCAACGCCUGCGUGACACCAACGAGAGCACCAACGAGCGAGUCAAGUGGUUUGCCUUUGGUACUAUGGGUAUGCUGGUUGGUCUGGGCGCGUGGCAGGUUGUCUACUUGCGCGCCUACUUCCGCUCUAAGCACCUUAUUUAG